UUGUGCAGAACAUGUCAAACCAGAAAUUUCAACGAGUUGACCAACGUCUAAGAGAGAAUGGUGGGCGAUUCCAGUUAAUAAGGACGAGCGAGCUGAUAGCCCUCAUGGCGCUCUCGGCCACGUUAUUCUUGUUCAUCCACACCAGAGACUUGAAUACGAAGCUGAAGGAGAUGGAGGUGAAGCUACAACCAGACGACAUGGUGUCGGCAAAUCAACUGGUUUCAGGUGACUCAGGGGUAGGAGGACCUUCUGGAGUCAGAGCCAUGAUGAAGUUGUUGCAAAGCACGGGGCAGAUGACGACUCUGGAACCCUACCAGUUAAACAACACGAGGAAAGCUAAGCAGGAGAUCGUGUUCUUCAAUCGGGUCCCCAAAGUUGGGUCCCAAACGUUGAUGGAGUUGCUGCGGAGGCUGAGCAUCAGGAACCAGUACGGUUUCCAUCAGGACCGCGUACAGAGGGUGGAAACCAUCAGGCUGGCACCGGAGGACCAGGCGGCUCUGUCGGCCUUGGUUUCCAGCUACGAGCCCCCAGGGGUCUACAUCAAGCACGUCUGCUUCACAAAUGUGUCUCAAUUCGGACUGCCGGAACCUAUAUACAUUAACCUGGUUAGGGACCCCAUAGAGCGUGUCAUAUCUUGGUACUAUUACGUUCGAGCCCCAUGGUACUAUGUGGAGAGGAAGAUGGCAUUCCCGGACAUACCUCUGCCGGAUCCCAAAUGGUUGAAGAAGGAUUUCGAGCACUGCGUGCUAUCAGGUGACAGAGAAUGCAAAUAUCUGACAGGGGAGAUCAGGGAAGGAAUCGGUGACCACAGGCGCCAGUCCAUGUUCUUCUGCGGCCACCACGCUGACUGCUUGCCCUUCAACACAGACGGGGCCCUCGAGAGGGCGAAGAGGGCUGUUGAAGAACACUACGCCGUCGUCGGGGUGCUGGAAGAAAUGAACACGACGCUGAAGGUUUUAGAGAACUACGUUCCUCGGUUCUUCGAAGGCGCCUCGGAUAUUUAUUGGAAUGAAAUAAGCCGAUAUAACCCGAUCAACAAAAACUCGUUCAAGCCGCCUGUUAGCGAAGAUGUAAAAGAAAUAGUGAGAAGGAACUUCUCGAAAGAGAUCGAAUUUUACGAAUUCUGCAAACAACGGCUGCACAAACAGUACUUAGCUCUGAAGCUUCCGGAGAAGCCAUAGUAAGGGUAAUAUUUUUUGACGGUAUAAGACUUUCUGUGUAAAAUAUCUAUUGGAAAAUAUUUGCAAUCUACUUUUGGUAAACUUUUAAGUUAAGGUAUGAUUGCAGUUUCCUGAUUUGGCGAUGGAGUCAGUUUUUAAUUGUUUUGAGUAUCUAUUACUGUUAAUUUUAACUUGAAUAUAAGGAAAUGUCGUUUGUUUUAUUUUCUCUAAUUUAAUUAUUGAAUAUCUGUUUCCUGGAGACUUUGCUUGCUUUUAAUUUUUCAGUAAAUACAACAAAUAUUUAUGAAAGUAAAAGUUUUUAGGUUUCUGUUUGUGCGUGGCCAGCCAUUUUUGUA